CAGCCGUACUUCGCUUCGGAUUCCGUUCCGAUCCCUGAUUCGACCGGCCGGCUCGACCUCCACGUCAAGUUCACCCGUUGGGGCGGUCGGCCUCGGGGACCUGAACCGCGCGCUUCGCGUUGACAUAAACGAUCUUGCGUGCACCCUUGGAGGAUCGACCGAUCCAUCGCGCGGAACGGUAGCGUGCGGCACACAAACAUGUACUGGCCCGCCCUUAAACCCUCGCCGGCCAGGAAGAAGCCUGCGCCGGAGGCCACCACGGCGGCCUCCUCCGCCCUCCGCGACCUGGAGGAGGAGACCGACGACGGCUGGAUCGUCCUGCCCCGGGCGCCGCCCAACUCGGGCAAGCCUCCCAGGCCCCCGCCGCCGCGCGCCACGGCGACGGACGCCGUCAACGCCUCCCCCGACGAAGCGUUCGACCCGGCCCCGGACGCCAUCGUCGCCCGGUACCUGCCCCUGCGCCGCGCCCUGCUCUGCGACGGCCUGCCCCGGCAGAUCCACGACGCCGACGUCUACGGCGCGCACCCCGGCUUCCUCGCCGCCGUGUACCCGCCGGCCAACGGCCGGCCCGAGUGGUUCUUCUUCGUGUGCCGCGCGCAAUGCCAGGGCGGGCGGCGCAGGGCCGGGCCCGGCGCGUACCGCCUCGGCAGCGAGGCCAGGCUGCUCGGCGGCGCCGCCUACUGCCACGCCUUCCGCUACUACGAGGACGAGGCCGAGGUUGGCUCGGCCUCGACCAGGGAGACCGAGUGGCGCAUGGACGAGUACGGCGACUGCCGCUCUGCCGCCGCCGCCUUCGACAUGGUGGUCUGCAAGCUCUACCCGGCGCGUGGCGGGGUCGUCCAUACGAUGCUCGGCGUCCACCAGCCCGCGUCCCCCGCGCACCACCAAGACAUGAAUAAGCCGCAGGUGCUCGUCCAGCUCUACCUCGACAGCCUCAACCUGGGUGACCCACGGCGCUGCAGAUUGUACGCCGUGCCCGACGUCUUUGCCGCGCACCCGGCGGUGCUCACGGUAGCGUUCCCGGCGGCCAACGACCGGUGCGAGUGGUUCUUCGCCGCGCAUCGGCGCCGGCGCGAGCUAGAGGAGAACGACGAGGACAAAGCGCGCCCGCGGAGGGCAGGGCCAGGGGCGUACGUGCCGGUGCGCGAAGGCCGCGUCGUGAACGGCAAUGGCGGGGACAUGGGGUACCGCCGCGUGUUCUUGUACCGGGAAGACGACGUGACGGUGAGGCGGGUGUCUCGGACGGAGUGGUGGAUGGAGGAGUACGGGUUCGGGAAGGACUUCCCGCACGGCGAGCUGCCCGCAGCGAAGGCACCAAUGGACGAAGACGAGGAGCUGGUGGUGUACAAGCUGUGCCUGAAAAUGCUUGGUUACCGGCGGUAGAAAAAUUGGUCUGCAGAUUCUGUCAUGAAACUGAAUUCUGCCUUAAACGUCUACGGUUCCCUUUCAGCAGGGAAACAAUAAAGAGUGACAUGUAUAUAUGCAAACGAACGACAGUAAUUUGGGGUUUGAUGAUAUCACCAAAAUAAUUUGCUUUAUUUCUAACGAGUUUUACACUGAGAUUUAACAGUCGCUGCGGACAUGCUAGACAGCAACAAGCCCUGAACUUGCCAAACACAUCCAACUUCGUUAUUUCAUGACACGGGAACAAUGCAACUCAUGUAACACACUAACAUGUCGAUCACGACAACUCGCAAACAAAGCUAAGCAGUGACGGUGGUCUUCGAAGAAGAACCGGAGAUCGCUCCAGCCUCUGUCAGCAGAGCAACCAGCUUCCCUCCCUUGUUCA